AUGAGUAAAGAGACCGGAAAAGUUAAAUGGUUCAACAACUCGAAGGGUUACGGCUUUAUUGAGCGCAGUGAGGGUGGCGACGUCUUUGUCCACCACAGCGCGAUUCAGUCCGAGGGCUACCGCACCCUGGAAGAAGGCCAGUCGGUGGAGUUCACGGUCGUGCAGGGACCCAAGGGUCUGCAGGCACAGGAAGUGGUCAGAGCCGACGAAGAAGACACGGCCACAUAA